AAUGUGGCUAUUGCUGACUCAGCCAGCAAGUGGUCACAAUGUCUAGGCCUACAGAAAACACCAAGAAGGUUAUUGUGAUAGGCGAUGGCUGCGUUGGAAAGACUUGUCUUGUUGCUAAACUAACAGAAGGAAAGUUUAUCAACAACUACCAUGUGACAAUUGGAGUUGAGUAUGGAGUCAAGUCGUUUGUGCGAGGUGAAAAAGAGAUAAGACUUCGACUAUGGGACAUUGCAGGGCAGGACCCAUUUCGAGCCCUGAUGCCACAGUAUGCCAGAGGAUCUGAGGCAGCUAUUGUGAUGUGUGACGCGACCCGCAGUGAGACAAUGGAACAGGGAGCUACACUAUGGAAGAAGUCUGUAGACGAAUCAGUGUGUCUCUCCAAUGGCCAACGCAUUCCCUGCGUGCUCUUGGUCAACAAGUGCGAUCGCCCCAAGAACCAGCAUCAGAUAAGCCAAGAUAGAGCAUUUGAGUUUGCCCGGGACAAUGGUUUUAUCAAAUACUUUGAGACUAGUGUGAAGGAUGGGACGAACAUCACUGAGGCUUUGGAGUACUUGCUGGAUGUGGUGCUGGCUUAUGAAGAAGAUGGUCAAAUGUUAACCUCAGCUUAUCAAGAUGGAAUCAGACUUUCGGCUACGUACAGCCGUGCUAAGAAACAGAACAGUGGUUGUUGUGGACAAGUAGCUGAUGACUCUGAUCCUAGAUAUAAAAAAUGAAGUGUUUUUUGUAUAUGUACAUAUACAGGUAUGCUAUUUUAACCAUGUGAUUUGUGCACUGCAAAUCAUGACCAUUAUUAUACAACGUAAA